UCCCGCAGGUCUCCUUCCGGAAAUCAAGCAGUAUGCCUGGGAAAUCGCUGAGAUCAGCUCUCCUCGGCUUUUUAAUUAGCGUUUUGAUCUGUGAAAUUUCCCUGGCAGAUAUCGUGGAGCCAUCAUGUCCGCCGGGUUAUCAGUUUAUCAAUGGCCGUUGCGAAAGCGUGUCUAGUUGUCCCACGGGAUACUUUUUGAACACAGAUGGAAAUUGUUACCUACAGACCAAUCAAUGUCCCCCUGGGUAUUUUCUUAACGUUGAUGAAAAGUGUCAUCCGACUCAUCCAGUGCCUUGUCCUUUCGCGUCGACAACAACAACUUCUACAACAACAGAACCAACAACAACUUCUACAACAACAGAACCAACAACAACUUCUACUACAACAGAACCAACAACAGAACCAACAACAACAACAGAACCAACAACAACUACUACUACAACAGAACCAACAACAACUACUACUACAACAGAACCAACAACAACUACAACUACAGAAUCAACAACAACUACUACAACAACAGAACCAACAACAACUUCUACAACCCGCUGUCCACCGGAUUCAAUUUUCUACGAGGAGCAAUGUCGCAAAAUCGUUUGUUCGGAGGGAGAAUAUUAUGCCGGUCGCUGCAUAGCGCCAGCUUGUCCACCGGGAACCGUUUGGUAUGGCCGACGGUGCCAGGAACCCGGUUACAUUACCACCAUCCUGGAGAUCGGAAAUGUGAUCCACAACGAGCACAAGUACAAUGUAACCAGCGAGAAUAUAAACCGAGUGGAGUAUGUUACACCCGCUCCCUACAAUCCGGACACGGACAAAAGCUAUGAGGCCACUCUACCGUCAAUUCCCGCAGACACCAUUGUCAGGACGAGCACGAAACGACCUUGGAUAUAUCCCAGCUUAGUGCCCACUACCACGGAGCGAGGAGAUGAGGCCUUUCAGGGCAGCAAUCCGCCGUCGGGCUGCUGUGUGGUAAAGAGUCCACGGAUCUGCAUCAACUACGCGCCCAACUGGGUGUGCUCCAGCAAGGACCAGAAGCUAUGCGAUCCGCGCGUCUGCACCUCCAAUGUAAUUUACCUUAAGCCGCCGCAUGUCGUUCAGACAGAGUAUUUGAACCGAAAGAUGGUGGUGAUGCCGCCAAAUCCGCCCCUGGUGGCCUGCAGCACACCCGACUGCAAGGAAAGCGAUGUUCUGGAUUGCUCCGGCUGCAAUGACCAUCUCCGGGACAAGUGCUCGCCAGGCUGCUACAGCUAUUUCUGUCCCAAUGGCUUUUGUGGCUUCAUGAAUACCCAGGACUUUUGCGAAAUCUAUCCGGGUGAAUUUGGCUGCAACCCAAACGAUGGAUGCAUUUGGGACUGGUGCAAUAAGAAGUGCUACUGACAUCCUUAACUGUUAACUCGAUAUCUUUAAUACAGUAUCCAGAUUCCUGUACUUAAUUAAA